AUGGAAAACGGGAUUAGCGACCACGCCGAUAGAGAAUCACUCGGCUGUAAGCAGGCCAAAACUCUGACGAGAAAGUCAAGCGCCAACCGACUGCCUUGUGAUAUUCUCUGCAGUCAGUCUUCGCAAGCAGAAGAAUGCCACACGACAAAAAGAAAUCAAAGAAAGAGCAUAAGCGGUCAAGAAGUCAAAGAAAAGCAUUCACACAAGAAGUCAAGAAAACGCACUCGGUCCAGUUCCUCCUCCUCGAGCAGCGACUCCGACAAGGGCGAUUCUAGGUUUCAGACGGUCCUCGAUGAACAGCGUGCCGAGAAAAGGCGUCUACGAAAACUAGAGAAAGAGAAAUUGAAAGCAAAAGAAACUCCUGAGGAGAAGAGAGCACGUCGUUUGGCGAAAAAACUUAAAAAAGAAGAAAAGAGGAAGAAGGAGAACAAGAGCUACUUACCGCCUCAGAUAGCUUAUACGAAUCUGAACAAUCCAUUCAACGAUGUGAACCUUACUGAAACUUUUGUAUGGGGCAAGAAACUGGAGCGAGAAGGCAAAGCUGGGCUUUCACGCAAGGAAAUCGAAAAAGAGUGGAAUUAA